AUGUCAAAAUCUCAUAUAGAAAUAGCAAAACAGUUAAAAUAUAAUUCUGUAGAAAUAAAAGAAUAUUUUGAGGAUCUAUAUAAAUGGCAAAAUGAAAUUAAAACAAAAGAAGAAAAAGAAAAAGAAAGAAAAAAAGAAAAUGAAAAAGAAAAAGAAUUAUUAAAAAAAAGAAAUGAAAUUGUUAUUUAUUCAUUUAAUAAAAAUCUAGAAAACAAGAAAAAAAAAAAUAUUAAUACUUCUCUUAAAAGAGAUUGUAAUUCUAUUGACAGUUAUUAUAAAGCAUGGGAAAAGUUAAAAAUAGAUGAUGUUGACAAUGAUUCUAAUGACAAUGAUGAUGAUAAUGUUUAUGAAACUAAUCAUAAUGAUGUUAAUAAUAUUUGUAAAAAUAAUAUUGACAAUAAUAACUGCAAUAAUGAGAAAAAUGAAGAUAAUGGAAAAAUGAAAUGCUCUAAUGAAAUUAUUAAUAAAAAUGAUACAAAUAAAAACAUUUCGCAUAAUAAAAUGGACGGGAAAAAUAAAACGGAUGCUAACUUUGAUGUUGAUUAUGAAAUAAACAUUUCAAAAAGCGUAGACAAUAUAAAAAAUGAGCCUAUAGUGAAAUGCCAAUCAAAAGUAUAUAAUAUAUAUUUUAGUAAAAGCGAAGAAAGUAAGAUAAAUUAUCAGAAUAAAAGAUAUAAUAAAUGCCUAGAAAACUACAAUGAUAUAAUAAAUUAUAUAGAUUAUGAAUUAAGAAAUAAUAAUAUAUUUAUAGAAAUAGAAAAAAAUUAUGAUAACGAAAUGUAUGUAGAAAUUAUGUCAAAUAACUAUAUUUUUGAUAAAAAUACAGAAGAAUUACUCAUACUUAGAACAAAAACACUAAUAAAUAGAUCAUUAAUAUUUCAAAAAUUAUCAUCUUACUUUGAAAGCAUUCAAGAUUGUUCAUCAAUUAUUUUAUUUUAUAAAUAUUUUUUAUCAAAUAAAAAUAAUUGUAUUAAAUAUUCUAUUAAGGAAUUUCUUACAGUAAAUAUUAAAUAUAUUAUUUUUAAAGCAUAUUAUUUAAGAGGUAUGGCUAGAUAUAAGUUAAAAAUCUAUAAAUUAUCUCUUAAAGAUUUUAAAAAUUCUAAGGAGUUAUCAAAUGAAUUAAAUGAAAGCAAAUCAAUAGAUAUAGAUAAAUCUAUUAAACUUGUUGAAAAUAUAAUAAAAGAUAAUAACAUAAAAAAACAUAUAAGAAGGCAAAGUGAAUAUACAUGUACACUCUUGGAACAAUAUAAAUUAAAACCAAGAUUACUAAAAAUCGAACUCAUACCUAAAAGUAGAACAAGAGAAUUAGAAUAUUUUGAAAAUAAUAAUACAAUAGAGGACAAUAAAGAACAGACACACAAUUCAAAAACAACUGAAAAUUAUAUGUCUGAUACGAAUAAUGAUGAUGCCACAAAAAAAAUACAUAAAAAAAUACAAAAAAAUGAAAAUAAAAUAAAUGAUUUUAUUCAAAAUAAAAGUUGCCAUGUAAAAAUAUUAAAUAAAAAAUUUCAAGAUGAUGAUAAUAUUAGUAAUUUUAACAGUAAUGAAGAAAACAUAAAAAAUAAGAAAAGUGAGGCUAAAUUAUUUAACAAUGAACAUAUAAAUAGUGAUUCUAGUUUAGAUUUAUCAGAAAAACAUAUUUUAAGUGAUAUAGAAGAAACAAAACCUUUACUGUUAACUCUAUCUAAUAAAAAAAAUGAAAAAAUUAAAAAUAAAAUAAAUUUUGAACUUUUAUGGAACUCUAAUAAAAUAAAAAAAAAAUUAAAGAAUCAAAUUAAUAUCUUAAAAAUUGCUUUUUUAGAAGAGAGAAUAUUUAACUUUUAUUUAGAUAAAGAUCUUUAUGUGGAUAUAUUGGAUUCUUUGUUCAAGAAUAAUUUUUUAAAUUUAUUUGAAAAUAUUGAAGAUGACAUACAAAUUAAAAAACACUUAAAUCAAUAUGAAAAAGAUUGUUCAUUUAUUGAAACCAUUGUACAUAAUGAAGAAGAAUCGUUAAUAAAAAAUGAAAAUGAAAAGAGAAUAGAAAACAAAAAUGCUGAUGAUAAAGAAAUAUAUUCAAAUGAUUAUGUAAUUUUAAUAGAUGUAUUAUAUAGCAUGACACAUUUUGGAAAAGAGAAUUAUAUUUUUUUGUUCAUUGAUAAAAAAGAAAGGACUUUACUACUAAAUUUUUUUAAUUUUAUUCUUAAAUAUUCAAAUAUUUUCAUUUGCAAUGAAAACUACAUUAAGCAGAAAACUUUAUUAUUAAAAGAUUUACUUGAAAUUGUGUUUUAA